GAAUCCCAAACGGCACGUUCAUUUUUGCUAAGUGCUCAGCCACGGUCCUGUCCAGACCAGCCCAGACGUGUAUAUGAAACCAUGGAUGUAAGUGCAAUUACAAGUGUCGUUAACUUUGAAAGAAAUACGUGUUUGAAGAAUAGUGAAGAGAAUGAACAUCUGAAAAUGGAAAAGCUUAAGGAGUCCUUCCUGCUGCUAAAGAAGAAAAUGUGCAGAUCACACGAUUUAAUACAGCAAUAUAAUGAUAAGUUGAAAGAAUGUGAACGCUUAAAGAUAGAGUUGGAUACAAUAAAAGAAGAAGCAAGCAAAAUAAAACGCAAUUACAAUAAUUCAUUAGCCAAAGUUAUAAAAUUGGAACUUCAAAAUACAGAUUUUAAGAAGAAUAUUGAAAUCUUAACAAAUACAAUAUCUUCAUAUGAAACAACAGUUGCUGGUGAUCAAAAAUAUUCACAACAACUGGUAUGCAAAAUGACAGACAUGGAAGAAAAACAUUCAGAGAAGAUAAUGGAAAUUGAAUUAGAAAAGUCUGCAUUACAAGUUAAAGUAAAAGGUUUGGAACAAGAAAUAAAGGCUAUCAAGAAAGCACAUGAAACAGAACUGAAGAAAAAAGAUAAAAAAAUAUCUCAGGGAGAAGAGACAAAGAAGAAAAUGAAAAUACAAUCACCACCAUCAUUAGUGUUACCACCAUCUGCAGUAAUCAAAACAAUGCGAGAUGUGGCAGUAAAUACAACUCCUAUAGAACUAACUAAACACAUUAAUACAAUGGAGCAGUGCAUACAAACAAACGAAUUUAAUGGAAACAAAAAUAAUCCAUAUGCUUUGUUUUGUGAUAAUUGUGAAAAGAUGUUCGAUUCCCCACCGUAUCAUAAAAUAUGCAACAUAAUGACUAAAUGCCCACCACUAAUUACAAAAUUGACUUCACUCUCACAAAUCUCUGAAACAAAUAAGCAAAACGCUCAAUGUACUUUAACGCCAAUGGCAGUUAAACGUAAAAUUCUAAGUCCAGAAACUUCUCAGUCACAGCUUAGUCCCAAAACCGAAAGACAGAACGAUUCAACUUCGGUUAUAGAGAUGUUACAAAAGAAAAUUGAAUGUUUAGAGCGCCAAAUGAAAAGACAUGCUAAAAAAAGUGCACGAACGCCAACCGACUGUUGUAGUCAUCAUCAUCCUACAUAUUAUCCACCUAAUUCAUUUCCGGGUUUCUCUCAGCAAGAUGUUUUUUCUCAAUUUUGGAAAAGAAUAUUAGAAUUCAGCGAACAACAAGCGUCUGAAUCUCAAACGCAAAUUCGUGGUCAAAAGAGAAAACAGGGCAAACUGCAAUGUGUUACUAAAAUAAUACCAAAAAAAAGACGAAAGGCCUUAAAAUCUUCACGUAAAUGGAUAGUAGAGUCUGUAACACCGAAAAAUGAAGAUGAAGAGUCUGAUAGUAGCAUGGCUUCCACGUCAAAUCAAAGAUCGUCUGUCAACAAGUCUCAGACCGCAUGUACGCCGUUAUUAUCUGAUAAUGUAUUGAGAAAAACUGAUAAGGAUAUUGAUGAUGAACUGGUAAUGAUAGAAAAGGAAAAACCUAAUAGUCGGGAUUCAUUAGAAACUGAGGCAAUAAUGUGCCAAAAUGAUGUGUUGAAAGUGCAGACUAAUUUAAACACCUCUAAUUUGGUAAAGUGUGAUUCAGUUUUGACUAAUAAUAAUGACUUAUCAUCAGACGUAACUUAUGUGUGUAGUAAGAGACAGAAAGUAUUAUUACCGGAAAAUCAAGAAAUUGAUAACGAAUCUGUCACAUCAUUUCCGUCUGGAAAUACCGAAGUCAUUUUCAAAAUGUUGGAAGAUUCCGAGAAACAAAGUGCAAAAGGAAACAAUAUAGUGGAGUUCUUAUUGAAAAAUGAGAAUGGUUUAGACGCGAAUAAUACCAGCAAUCUGUUAUCACAUCAAACAAAUUUACAAGAUAAUUUAACAUAUGAAUCCAUGCCAAAAAUAUUAAGUAUAGAGGAUGAAAAUGUCAAUAAAGAUUCGAAAAUGUCUGAGAGCAAUUCUGAUUUGAACGAAUCUCCUACUGGUAGAUCUACACCGUAUAUACUUGAUGAACUAGCAAUUAAUCCUAGUAAUGACAGUAUAAAAAAUACUGUUUCAUCUUGUCAAUUAGAAUGUCAGGAUAGUUGUACACUUCCUGUUAAAAGAAUUCAGUCGAAGACAAGUUUGCUGGAUGUUCAAGAAACGAAUACGGCAAACAUUAAUUUUUCAAAAUCGCCGUCAAAUAUGACGGUCAAAAGUUUCGCAUCCAUUACUCGCUUAUUUCCUGUCACUAUAAGGGAUAUUUAUAGUGAUACGAAAGUACCAGAGAAAACUGGCUCUAAUAUCACAAGAACAAUGCAAGAUGUUGACUCUAAUAAUUCAAAAAUGAUAUCACAAACUUUUACCAAAACUGGUGAAGUGCCUGAUGCAUCCACUAAUCUAGAAGAUAUACAAGGUAAAAUCGAAUUACCUGAAAAUCAUGAAAAAUUAUCUGAAUCUGGAACUAUAACUAGCAGACAAGCGCAUGUCAUAUAUUCUGCUGAAACAAAUUUGCAGAAAUGCAAUCAGUCAGAAAUGUGUUAUGAUAGUACGUCAUUAGUCGUAGAUGUAAUGUAUACAAAUGAUAGUGAUUCAUCAAUAACUGAAAGUGACUUUUCAUCUCAUAACGAGAUUGCAAUAAAUAGCAUUGAUCGGUCACCAACUGAUAAGUCACUUAAGAAUAUUGCAUCUAUUGAGAAGCGUGAUGAUUAUUUAAUUAACCAACAUCAUGAAAUCAGUGUUAACCUGUCUGAACCUACAUUAGCAGCUUUGAGAAAACGAAAACGAAUAAUUUCUCCAAGAAAAGCUAGCUUAAGGAAUGCUGCUUUGUUUGGAGAUGACUCAUUUGAUGAUGAACCACCACCUGCUUGUAAACUUCAAGCAAUAUCUCGCUUGCGAGGUAAUCAAGAAACUGAUAAAGACCCAAAGAAGAUGUCUGAUCUUGAGGUGGCUGAAGACAAAGACAUGAUUGUAGAAGAAUUUGAAAAACCAAUUGAGGCUUUCGCAACAAAUUCUGAAGUACUCACUAGUAAUAAAAAGAACAAACAAUUAGAAUUCUAUAAAGAAUCUUUAAAAACGAUUGCUUGUCUAAAUUGUAUAUCUGGUGUGCAUAAAGAUAGUCCAGUUGCUUUGCUUAGUAAGCAUCUUGAAAUGCAAUUGGAACAAAAACAAAAAGGAAUAUCUGAGAAGAAGAGCCGAACAACAAAACGCGAAGCUUAUGAAAUGUUUGUUACUGCACAAUUGAAUGCACUUGCCAAGUGUGAUGAUUCAAUGAACGUUUCAAUUUAUGCAGUGAUUGAAAAACUUUCUCAAUCCUACCGAUCACGUUCUGUAGCAAAAUGCGUUGUAAAUUUUCUGUGCGAAACAGCCAAAGAUGAUGAGCUAUUAGACAGAACGUACACACCUCCGGCUCCUCUUAUGACAAAAGUACAACAAAAAAUAGUAAUGUUGCUGGUCAGCUUAAAACGUAUAGAUCCUUCAAUUUUCAAUAUGAUUCAAACCGGUAUUGAAUACAAAAUCUUCAGGCUGGGUCAUGCUCCAGAGGUCAACAUUAUAGAAACGUUGGUCCGUGUAUAUACAGUAUUAUCACGUAUCGCUAAAGAUCGAGAGAAAGUCCGAAUUUUAUGCUGUGACGCCCUUUAUUGUUUACGUCUGAAAGCAAUACCAAUAAUUUAUGUUGCGCUCACGUGUUGGCCCGAAGUAUUUCCAACAUGUGUUGAACAUCAGGAUAUUUUACCAAAAUGCAUAGCGCACCUGGUAUUAUCACAACAAGCCACUGGAAAAUUUCCAAGACUCGUGUCAACUAAGAAUUUAUUCACAACUUAUUAUAAAUGUCCAAAGGCUGGUUAUCUGUCUACUGACCUGGCAAUACAGUUCUUAACUGCUCUACAAGAAACAAGACACAGUGGUUUGAAUACAGCUAUAAUACUUCUAUCCAAGAGAGAAGGUACUACUUGGGCAUAUAAGCACAUAGUUCGCGGUGGUCUUCUGCAGAUGAUUGUCAACAAUAAUCAUCCAUCAAGUUAUGAAGCCUUUUAUUUACUUGGAAAGAUAAUGCGAUCUUUCCCGAUAAAAGACGACGGCACUGUAGGUGACAUUGUGGAACAAUUAUGUGACCUCAUUGAUUCUGGCAAAGUAACGCAUGAACAAGAGGAGGGCGUUGUGUCAGCUUUGUUGAGUUUGGCGCGACACAAGUUUACUGAAGUGGCCACUUCAGUACUGAAAUGGAAGCCAAGUAAACCAUUGCGACCAAGAACUGUGGAGCAGCUACAGAUAUUUUACUCUAUUCAUCCAGUACAGUGGUGGGCAAGGUUCAUAAAAGGUCAUAGCGCAGCUAUUGGAAAGAUGAUACAGUGAAUUCAUUACUUACCUGUAUAAUAUUAAUAGUAAUAUUAACCCAUCUUGUGAUAUCUACUGUGUACAAUGUAACUUAGUUUUUUUUAAAUUAUCUUUCACAUUUUUUCUCAAAACUGAAACUUUCAAUAAAUGCGAAUUUUUUCUUUCUUA